CAGACACACAUACACGCUAUAUCAGGGAGGCAGAGACUCGCAAAUGAGUUCAGCUGUCAGCCCGGGGUUGAGUCGCGAGAGGGAAAGACGGGGCCAUGGGGGGGGAGAGGAUGCUUUGGAAUAAGAACUGCAGAAGAAAGCAAGAGAUAAAGUGAGAUGCAGGAAAUAGUGGUAAAAUGGCAUGAAGAUCAAGACCAUUACGGAUCUACACAAUAACACAGGAAGAGUGGUGGCAAAGAGGAAAGCCGGUUCUUUUUUUUCCCCCCUUCUGUCUGGAUGGUGUUAGAUCUUUCUUUAAAGCUCUGCAUAUCACCGUGUAUAUGUAAACCAGUGGGCUGUGCUUUGAGCAAAAUAGGCUUACCACAGGAAUCAUACAAAAAGCCUAAUUUCAGGAAGAGAAGGAAAAAACAUGUGACACACACAGCUCCGAGACAGCAAGCACAGCUGAAAGAGCUUGGGUGUAUCAACCUGCUUUUCUAGAGAAGGGAUGAACACUGAAACCAAGAGAGACUUUCAGCGUCAAGGCUUCUGAAGUGACUCAAAGGGAGUUGAUUACUCAUGCGACUUUGGCUUCUUCGUUUGUGACUUGUCGGAGAUGGGAACCAUGUGUGGCUUCAAGAGGGCAUGGGCACACAAAAGGAAAAGCUAAAGAGUGCAGUCAGAGGACAAAUACCCGGCAAGUGCUAGAAAGUGAAAUAGAAGGAACUAUGAGUUUGCCGACUAACUGUGUCUUUCUCGCUCCUGCUGACAGGGCUUUCAAAGUCCGAAAUGGGAAUAUCUAUGGAUCCCCAUGUGCAGUCAACCGUCCAAUCGACAUCUUGCAGAAACGCAGGCGUUUUGAUGUGGAGAAUGGACCGUCAGUGGGACGAGCACUGGACUCUCAGGCCAGCCCGAGCUCGGGCCUGGUCCUGCAGGGCAAUUUCCCCCACAGCCAGCGACGCGAGUCUUUCUUGUACCGGUCCGAUUCAGACUUUGACAUUUCACCAAAAGCCAUGUCCCGAAAUUCCUCCACUGCUAGUGAGCUGGAAGAGGGCUUGAAACAGUGGGAAGUCAGUUGCCUGCCUCGACAUGAAGACAUGAUUGUAACACCAUUUGCACAGGUCCUGGCCAGUUUGCGAACAGUGCGGACCAACUUUGCAGCAUUGACUCAUCUGCAAGAUCGGGGAAGUUGCAAACGGCCAUCAGGCAGUAAUCCUCCCACUGUGUGCAAGCAGGGUGUGCCAGAUGAGGCAUACCAGAAGUUGGCCAUUGAGACACUGGAAGAACUUGAUUGGUGUCUGGACCAAUUGGAGACCCUGCAGACACGUCACUCAGUCAGCGAGAUGGCCUCCAAUAAGUUUAAAAGAAUGCUGAACCGUGAACUUACCCAGCUGUCAGAGACGAGUCGCUCAGGAAAUCAAGUGUCAGAGUUCAUAGCAAGCACAUUUUUAGAGAAAUCGCACGAUGUGGAGAUCCUGUCUCCGCCGCCGAAGGAAAAGGAGAAGAAGCGGCGUCCCAUGUCUCAGAUCAGUGGCGUGAAGAAGUUGACGCACGGCCCGAGCUUGGCUCCCAGCCGCAUACCUCGCUUCGGGGUCAACACCGAGCACGAGAGCCUGCUGGCCAAGGAAAUCGAGGACAUCAAUCGCUGGGGCCUUGAUAUCUUUAAGAUAGCAGAGCAUUCAGGGAAUCGGCCACUGACGGUGAUAAUGUACACGAUUUUUCAGGAACGAGACCUACUGAAGUGCUUUAAGAUCCCAGCAGACACGUUCAUCACCUUCAUGAUGACCCUAGAGGGCCACUACCACACUGAUGUCGCCUAUCACAAUAACAUCCAUGCUGCUGACGUAGUGCAAUCCACACACGUUCUCCUCUCCACACCUGCUUUAGAGGACGUCUUCACUGACCUCGAAAUCAUGGCUGCUUUGUUCGCUAGUGCCAUACAUGAUGUUGAUCAUCCUGGAGUGUCAAACCAGUUCCUCAUCAACACCAACUCUGAGCUGGCUCUGAUGUACAACGAUGCAUCUGUACUGGAGAACCACCACCUGGCCGUGGGAUUUAAACUACUACAGGAGGAAAACUGUGACAUCUUCCGGAACCUGAGCAAGAAGCAGCGGCAGUCACUUCGCACGAUGGUUAUCGACAUGGUAUUAGCCACAGACAUGUCCAAACACAUGAAUUUCCUAGCAGACCUGAAGACCAUGGUUGAGACAAAGAAAGUGACCAGUCUCGGAGUAUUGUUGCUGGACAACUACUCGGACAGAAUACAGGUUCUCCAAAACAUGGUCCACUGUGCCGACCUAAGCAACCCUACAAAGCCUCUGGAGAUCUACAGGCAGUGGACAGAUCGCAUCAUGGUGGAGUAUUUCACCCAGGGUGACCGGGAGCGAGACAAAGGCAUGGAGAUUAGCCCCAUGUGUGACAAACACACUGCUUCAGUGGAGAAGUCUCAGGUGGGCUUCAUUGACUACAUCGUGCACCCUCUCUGGGAGACAUGGGCUGACCUCGUCCACCCGGACGCACAAGACAUCCUGGACACUCUGGAGGACAACCGUGAGUGGUACCAGAGCAUGAUCCGCCACAGUCCCUCACCCCCGCCUGAGGAACAGGACUCGCAUGGUGCCAUUGGAGCCUCCACAAGCGAAAAGUUCCAGUUCGAGCUGACGUUGGAGGAGGAGGGGGAGUCAGACUCCGAGAGUCCGCAGGAAGCGGAGCACACCGACCCUGAGAGCUCCGUGACUCGGUGCCGCAGGACGUUGUCUCCUGACACAAUGGACAAGGAGGCUGUGAGAGAGCGAGACUAAAGAGACAAAAUGUGCAUAGCUAGGUGCAUGGCACUGCUGUCCUAAUGACAUGUCUCAGCGAUAAUUUGCUCCUAAACCUGUGAUGAACUUAAGUUUGGCUGUAGCAGACUCCUAUUGAGCGAUGUGCCCCACACCACCUAAUGAGAUAACUCCUCAUUUCACCUAUUAGGCACACAUUUCCUGUUUUUCCUGCCAGAUAAGCCUUUUAGUCCUAGCUUCUUCAGAUGCAUUUGUGUCUAGCACACAGGUGGCUGUAAUGAUCACUCAGUGACUGAAGAGAGAUCUGAGGAUGGCUCGGCUUCUUCAGGGUCUAUUAACAAAGCAAGGAGAUCUUCUGAGAAAGAGAGUCUUCCUUCAAAAUGAUGUACAUGUUGUCUAUAGAGGAAGUUGUAAUAUUUAUGGGAAGCUAACAGGGUCUAGGAACUUUUUUUUCUUUUCUUUUUUUUUUUGCACCCGUACCAUUAGUUUCAGACAAGUAGAAGUUUAGUUUACCUUUUAAAUAAUUCAUUUAGCAUUCAUUUGUAUUUUCAGUAUUUUUUUUGUCACUUUGAACAGACAAAUUGAUCGUGACAAAGUGACAGUCGUGCCAGAUAUUAGCCUAAGAUAAAUAAUGAUGACACUAAUAACCUCAGGAUAUAAAUAACGAUUUCACUUUAAUGUAGCAUGGUACCCCUGUAUAUUACCCAGUGCAUCUUUAUUAUAGACCACUAAAAACCCAUUUACACAGAUAUUCACACUUACACCUCAAUAUUCACCUUUACAUCUUUAUGUAUCAUUAAUAAUGAAUCCGAUCUUGCUGUUUUGAAACAGACCAUUCAGUGUUAAAUCGGUCGAGAUGUUAACAUUCUGCACACUUGGAUAAAGAGGUACUGCUUUGCUCUAACUCAGCAUAAAAAUAAUCAGAGGAUCGGUUUAUUUUACAUUUGUUUUGUGUGAAAAUAUCAACGGAAUGCAAAGCAUGUAGAUCCCAGUCAUGGUGCAAGGUUUUCCGAUCUGAAUCAUUUCAAUAUGGCUUCAACUAGUUUACGUUAUAGCAAUGAGGAAUCCAAAUUGUAAAUGUAGCUUUACAAUACAGGAUAUCUGAAAAGUUUUAUAUGUAUAUUUCAAUGUUUCCAAAUGUUUCCUGUGCAAGUAGAAGUUAUGGCCUCAUUUUACUCUUUAAUGCAACUAGUAUUACAUCAAUGAUAAAUCCAUAAAUCCUGCAUGAUUUGCAUAUUAAUCCUUAUAAUUAACAUGCAAAGUCAACUUUUAGUUCUUUUUUUUUUUUUUUUUAGUUGAAACGUCUUUCGUUGACAGGUUAGUCUAUUUUCACCUUGGUUCACUGUGUCCUACAUGUCCCACAACGUUUUCUGAAUGCACUACUUCAAUGCUGGAUUUCUCAUUAAUAUGAACGUGAAUGUCACUGAAAAAUGGUGAGUGAAAAAAGAAGCUCUUACGUUUUUUUUUAUUCUUAGGAGAUAACAGUAAAACCUGAUCAUUAUCCCUUAUAUUUGAUGUCAUUGAAAAUUCUUUUUCAUCCUUAAACUCCACUGUAUCUGUGCUAGAUGUGUUCUCCUGUGAUACCUGAGCAGCAGGCGUCCACUAACUUCUCAUGGGAAUAACAUAAAUACAGCAUCAACAAACCAAUUAGUGUCAGAAUCGCUAAGCACAUCACAAAUGUUUCCAUCGAAAUAUAUUUCAUGUGUUUCAGGAUGGAUUUUUCUACAACCCCAUUUCCGAAACAGUUGGGACAGUAUGGAAAAUGCAAAAAAAAAUAAAAUAAAUAAUAAUAAUAAUAAUCUGAAAAUCAAUUCACCCUGUACUAUAUUGAAAACAAAUUAUUAACACAUUAUUUGAUGUUUGACUUUGUGAAUUUAAUUUAUUUUUUUAAAUAUAUACACUCAUUUCAAAAACACUCCAAAAAAGUUGGGACAGUUGACUGUUUACCGCUGUGUAACAUCACCUUUUCUUUUAAUAACACUUAUUAAGCGUUUGGGCGCUGAGUGAAGACACCAAUUGGUUAAGUUUAACAAAUGGAAUUUUUCCCCAUUCAUCCAUUAUGCGUUUCUUCAGCUGAGAAACUGUACGGGGCCUUUGUUACCUGUUUUGCACUUCAUAAUGCGCCACACAUUCUCAAUCGGAGACAGGUCAGGACUGCAGGCUGGCCACGCUAACACCCGCACUCUCUGCUUAUACAACCAUGUGCUUGUAAUGGGGGCAGAAUGUGGUUUGGCGUUGUCCUGCUCUGGGUGGCAGCACAUGUUGCUCCAAAAUGUGUACAUAUCUUUCUGCAUUAAUGAUGCCCUCACAGAUGUGCAAGUUACCCAUGCCAUGGACACUGACACACCCACAUACCAUGACAGAAACUGGCUUUUGGACCUGACGCCGAUAACAGCUUGGAUGGUCCUUUACCUCUUUGGUCUGGAGAACACGACGGCUGUUUUGUCCAAAAACUAUUUGAAAUGUUGACUCGUCAGACCACAAAACACAAUUCCUCUGUGCUACUGUUCAUCUCAGAUGAGACCGAGCCCAGAAAAGUCGGUAGUGCUUCUGGACAGUGUUGAUGUACGGCUUCUGCUUUGUGUAGUAAAGCCUUAACUUGCAUCUGAGGAUGCAGCGGCGAAUGGUGUUGACUGACAAAGGUUUACCAAAGUAUUCCUGAGCCCAUGUCAGGAUAUCCGUUACAGACUCAUGACGGUUUUUAAGACAUUGAUGUCUGAGGGAUCGGAGAUCACAUGCAUUCAGAAGUGGUUUUCGGUCUUGCCCUUUACGCACAGAGACUUGACCAGAUUCCUUGAAUCUUUUAAUUAUAUUGUGCACCAUAGAAGGUGAAAUGCCCAAAAUCCUACAGAUUUGUCUUUGGGGAAUGUUGCUCUCAAAGUGUUGGAUUAUUAGCUGAUGCAUCUGUUGGCAGAUUGGCGGACUUCGACCCAUCCUUGCUCUUGAAGGACUAGGCCUUACAUUUCCAUUUCCAUUUCCAUUUAUUCAUUUAGCAGACACUUUUAUCCAAAGCGACUUACAAAUGAGGAAAUACAAGCAAAGCGAUAUAUCAAGCAGAGAACAAUACAAGUAGUGCUACCAUACAAGAUCUAUUUCUAGAAGAAGCAAAGUGCGCAGAGUAGAGGUGUAAGUGCCAGAAUAAGGUUUUGGGGUUUUGUUGGAGCCUUUUUUGGAGGCUCCUUAUAUAUUAUGAUUAAACGAUUGCCUCACCUGUUUCACAUCACCUUCUUAUUUCAACCUGUCACAUUGCUAUUAGUCCUAAAUUGCCCCUGUCCCAGCAUUUUCAGAAUUGGGGUUGUAUUAAUGUUGCUGUUAUAAAGUUAAUGGCUACAUGAAAGAUAAACUCUCAAGUCUGGGUGCAUAAAUAUACGUUUCAGUUUCUCAUAGAGUGUAUAUUCUGACCCCGUAUAGAAUGAACAAGUAUAGCUGAGUAGAAUAUCCAGGGGUACCCAUUUCUGAUCUUAAAUCACCACUUCCACUCACAUUUGUGUCGUAUGUAUUCAUUUGACCUAAAGUCCAGUUUUAACAACAUUAUCUCAAACUUAUUACUGACAGCUUGCAAACUGCCACGAUUUGCUGCCUCGAUUAAGACAUGUGAGAUAUUAGCCUAUGAUAUUGAUCUGAGAGUCCUGAGGGGUUUUUUUUUUUCCCUCCAGGAAUUUGAACCAGAAAUAAUUCCAGGACAUUUAAAGGGCUAGAGAUAAACCAGGAUCCAAGACAGCUGACUGAAAACCUUUCCCUGCUGUUCACUGACAUAACUUCAUUCAUGUGACUUUAACAGUGUUUUCCAUGAGGGUUUAAUCCAUAUAUUUUUGGAAUAAACUAUAGAUGACUAGACAUUAAUUUAAAAAAAAAACAGACUUAUUAAAAUAUGUAAUUACAUUAUUAGUAGAAUUAGUGUUUUGGUGUUUUUGGUCUCUCCUGUAUUUCAUCACAUUAGGUGAAUACAGAAAUCCCACUUUUCUGUCCUAGAGGAAACACUAAAAUUCGGUCAGAUGAUUUGUGUAGUCCAUUUAAUGCCACUAAACUGCACUAACAUGUGCAGAAAUUUCACACACACAUGCACAAUUGGAGAGCACUCCAAUGCCAUAAUGAUCCAGUUUGGUGAAGUUAUAUGUACAGUAAAAAGGAGCAUACCAUUUUCAUUGUUGUUUAUGUUGUUUCAUGUCAAAUCUUUACUGAUACUGAUCUGCCACAUUUUCUCUUGAUUCCCUUUACUGGCAAAUCCUGAAAUUGCCAAACUUAUUUGUUGUGUUAAUUUGUUUGAUGGCAUUGUGUCUUUGGUCUGAAGAAUAAGAGUGUUACUUCAUGUAAAACGUGUUUUGCCACUCCUGUACCUUUUUCUGUACCUUCAUGUGCCACAUUCAAAGCCAAAAACUUCAGGUUGUUCUCUAGAACCAACAUCAAUAAAUUAACUUAAGCUGUC